GCAGCUUGCCCAUUCACUGUUCUCUGAUAAUUACACUCAUCUCUACUGCUACUACACCGUACAGCCCAAAUGCAAGCGGAUGCUGACGAUUCCGACUGUCCUCCCGCCCAAUUUCAUCCCCUGUUCUCCUCUCCGGACGGGGACGUGAUCCUCGGCUCAAAAGACCGCACCCUCUUCCGCAUGCACUCAUUCACUCUCAAGACGACGUCGGGGUGGUUCCGCUCUAUGUUCUCGCUUCCUCCGCGUGGCGAGUCACCCAGUGCUGCUGACGCCAUCUACCUCGACGAGGACACGGCGACGCUCGAAAGCUUGCUGCAAAUGAUCAGCGGCCUCCCUAUUCCUGCGCUCGACUCGUACGCCGUGGUCGAGCCCCUCCUGCUUGCCGCUGAGAAGUACGAUAUGCCCGGUCCGAUGUCCGUCGUGCGAGCACUGGUGAUGACGCCGUCGUUUCUCGCGGAACCGCUACGACUUUAUGCGAUGGCAUGCCGCUACGGCUGGCAUGACGAGGCACGCGUUGCCUCUCAGAAAACCCUCACCAUUGAUCUGCAUGCCCCGGAGCACCGUCCGACGCUUCUCAAGCUCGGGACACCGGCACUUCUCAGCCUCAUUGAGCUGCACCACGCCAGGCGGGAGGCGCUGCGACGGCGGCUGAACGACCCGCCAUUCGUCAAUGACGACACGGACACAUUCUGCUCGAACUGCGGUGAGAUCGUCGACUACCACACUUGGCGCGAGCUCAAGUACGUCAUCAUCCUCGAGAUGGACGUCCGUCCGCUCGGCGACACCAUCUGUGGGAGCGGCCUGCUCGAGUGGUCGGCUGCGCGUACGUGUUGGGAUGCGCGGUGUGCCAGCUGCAGUCGCGUGCUCUAUGACAAGAACGAGACGUUGCGCGUCAUUCGCGAGUGCAUUGACCAGCUACCCACCACGGUCGAGUGAGAACUUUGAAUCUGCCAUCACUAUAACAUGACAAUUGCUCGUUCUAUACGCUCUAUUUAUUUUUGCUCAUGUCGAUUUGGGACGAUGCAACGGGUCACAAUCUGUUGAAGGUGCUGCUGGAGCCUGCAUCUAGUAUCUUUGUCUCGCCUGCGGCCUUUGCAACAUUCGUUCUAGUUGGUCUCUCACCAUCACUAUGUUCCAGCUGAACUUUACUCUAUCUGACUUUCCCGUAGCUUAUACAUGACGUUCUCUGACGCUGCUGGUUUCUCCAAUGAUACAUGAGCGCAGUUGCGGCUUUUUAGUGCUUCUGUUGCAUGCUCUUAGAUGGCAGGGUCCAAGAGGUCACAAUGCGAAUUGAUGAGCUCUGUUCGAG